CUGUGUGAGCACUGCGGCCAGGUGCUGAGAGUCACUGGCUGCGAGGGAGGACCUGGGAUGAGUUUGAAAUCUGGGCUGGCCCAGACUGUCUGAGGUGCUACACCUGUGAAUUGUCUGCACGCUCCUGGGCUUCAUCCUGCCAGUGUGGCACCUGUCACCUCUGGAUAAAGCUGCUCGUCAGUUUUGCUUUGCAGAGCAAGCUCCUGCAGAAAAAGAAGACUGGACCUGAUUUCCCAAGAGGCUGUUGAGUCACGGGUCACAUCGAGAGCCACUGUUGGCUGUGCCCAUGUUCCUUGGCAGGCCAUGCCAUCCCUGCUGGUGACUGCCACUCCCUGCAGGAGGGGACCUGAGUGACUCCUGCCCCCUGGACACCUGUGUACCCCCGUUUGCCAUUCAGAGCUGUCUCUUCAAGUCUACUGAGAACCAAAUGGGAGCCCAAGGUGCUCUGGAGCAGAAGCAAAUGAUUGCUGCCAGCCAUGUCCCCAGCUGAGCGGGUCCCACUGCCCUCUGCCCCUGGGGCCUGUGCCAGUCUCCACUCUGGGAUUUGCUGAGCCACAGGGCUCAUGUUGAGCGUGUUGUGUUUUAGGGUUUUGAGGAAAAUGCAGAGGCGGCACAGCAGCAACACGGACACCGUGCCUCCUGAAAGGAGCCGCAGCCAGACGCUGAGCUCGGAGGCCAGCGUGGACGAGAGCGGAGUGUUCGAGAGCCUCAAGGCCGAGGCCGCCUCGCCUCAGCAGCUCUUCUCGGGGCUGGCCGGCCUCCCCGCGGCCUCCAUCGCCUCCGCGCCCUUCCCGGCCGGGCUGGUGCUGGGCUCGGCGGCCGGAGGGGGAGAAGUGUUCAUCCAGAUGCCGGCCCCGAGGGACGAGGGGGCCGGCCGGGCCGAGGGGGCCCCGUUCCACCCCCGGGCGCCCGGGCAUCACUUCCAGCACGGCCACCACCGCGGCUCCUCGCUGCUGCACAUGGCCGGGGCCGACCGGCACGGCCACGCCGAGGAGGGCGCCGAGGAACAGGCCGGAACGCCGGCCCCGGCGCUCUCGGAGCUCAAAGCCGUGGUUGGGUGGCUGCAGAAAGGACUGCCCUUCAUCCUGAUCCUCCUGGCUAAAGUCUGUUUCCAGCACAAGCUUGGAAUUGCUGUGUGCAUCGGUAUGGCCAGCACCUUUGCCUACGCCAACUCCACGCUCCGAGAACAGGUGGCUCUGAAGGAGAAGAGGUCAGUGCUGGUUGUCUUCUGGAUCCUGGCCUUUCUCACUGGAAACACCCUGUACUUGCUUUACACAUUCAGCUCUCAGCAGCUUUACAACAGCCUUAUAUUCCUGAAACCCAACCUGGACAGGCUGGACUUCUUUGACCUGAUGUGGAUUGUGGGCAUUGCAGACUUUGUGCUGAAGUACCUCACCAUUGCCCUGAAAUGUCUGGUCGUGGCCCUGCCCAAGAUCAUCCUCGCUGUCAAAUCCAAGGGAAAGUUUUACCUGAUUAUUGAGGAGCUGAGCCAGCUCUUCCGCUCCCUGGUGCCCAUCCAGCUGUGGUACAAAUACAUCAUGGGGGAUGAUCCAUCCAGCAGCUACUUCCUGGGUGGCAUCCUCAUCAUCAUGUACAGCCUCUGCAAGUCUUUUGACAUCUGUGGCCGUGUGGGAAGUGUCAGGAAGGCACUGAAGGUCCUUUGCACCCCCCAGAGCUAUGGAGCCCGUGCCACGAGCCAGCAGUGCAGUGAGGCAGGAGACAUCUGUGCCAUCUGCCAGGCAGAGUUCAGGGAACCUCUGAUCCUUCUGUGCCAGCACGUGUUCUGUGAGGAGUGCCUGUGCCUGUGGUUCGACCGGGAGAAGACGUGUCCCCUGUGCCGCUCGGUCACCGUGGAG